AAGAGAGAGAGAGACCGAAACAAGCAUAGUAGUAGAAACAAAAAAGGCAGCGAAGUCUUUGUUUCUCUCUCUUUGUAGCUGUUGCUCUUUCUUUGCUGGAACAAAAGCCAAAGCAGGAAAAGGCAAAACGCUUAAAAUCUCCUCACUCUUUCGUUUUGGUGGGUAUUUGAUAUUUUUCCGGGUGAAUUAGAUUAGUGAUGUCUGUGAACAACAAUAACCCCCCAAAGAGCCUUGGGGCGUCUUCGUCGCCCUUUGCUAAUGCAGGGAUGGUACCUCCUAUGCCUGGAAACCCUGCAUUCUCACAAGCACAAGCACAAGCACAAGCACAGGCACAACUCAGUGCUGGUUUUCAAGCUCAGUAUCAGCUAUCCCAAGCCCAGGCCCUUGCUCAGGCUCAGUCAAAAGCUCAGGCUCAUGCUCAGGCUCAAGCGCAGGUUGCUCAUGCUCAAUUCCAAGCACACUUACAAGCUCAAGUUUUGUCCCUUAACCAGGCUCAGAAUGCUGGCAUUGGGAAUUUAGGUUCAUCCUCGCCCUCCAUGUCUACUCCUGGCAGUGCAAGUGCAAAGAGGAUCCUCCAAAAGCCCCCUGUGCGUCCUCCUGGUGUUCCUAUGACAAACACAAUUUCCCCUUUAAGAACAAUGGAACUUACACCCGCUGCACGUAGAAAGAAGCAGAAGCUUCCUGAUAAACAGCUACAGGAUAGAGUGGCGGCGAUUCUUCCUGAAUCUGCUUUGUAUACCCAGCUUCUUGAGUUCGAGGCACGUGUUGAUGCUGCAUUAGCUAGGAAAAAAGUUGACAUCCAGGAAGCACUUAAGAAUCCACCUUGUGUUCAGAAAACUCUUCGAAUAUAUGUUUUCAACACAUUUGCUAAUCAGAUUAAGACAAUUCCAAAGAAGCCUAAUGCAGAGCCCCCUAUGUGGACCCUUAAGAUUAUUGGGAGGAUCUUGGAAGAUGGGGUAGAUCCAGAUCAACCUGGGUUUGUUCAAAAAACAAACCCCUUAUACCCUAAGUUUUCAUCUUUCUUCAAGAGAGUGACAAUUUCCUUGGACCAGAGACUAUAUCCGGAUAAUCAUAUCAUUAUAUGGGAGCAUGCUCGAUCACCUGUGCCUCAUGAAGGUUUUGAGGUGAAGAGAAAAGGGGAUAAGGAGUUCACUGUGAAUAUACGGUUGGAAAUGAAUUAUGUACCUGAGAAGUUCAAGCUUUCAUCACCUUUAAUGGAAGUCCUUGGUAUUGAGGUUGAUACACGCCCAAGAAUUAUUGCUGCAAUUUGGCAUUAUGUGAAGGCUAGAAAACUUCAGAACUCAAAUGAUCCGUCUUUCUUUAAUUGUGAUGCACAACUUCAGAAAGUUUUUGGGGAAGAAAAAGUGAAAUUUACCAUGGUUUCGCAGAAGAUAUCACAGCAUUUGUCUCCACCACCACCCAUACAUUUGGAGCACAAGAUCAAGCUUUCUGGGAAUAGUCCUGCUGGGACUGCAUGCUAUGAUGUGUUAGUUGAUGUGCCCUUUCCUAUACAGAGGGAAUUGUCUGCUCUGUUGGCAAAUGCUGAGAAGAGCAAAGAGAUUGAGGCUUGUGAUGAAGCUAUAUGUGCUGCCAUAAGGAAAAUUCACGAGCACCGUAGAAGGCGUGCAUUCUUUCUAGGGUUCAGUCAAUCACCAGUGGAGUUUAUUAAUGCUUUAAUUGAGUCUCAGAGCCGGGAUCUGAAAUUAGUAGCUGGGGAAGCUAGUCGAAGUGCUGGAAGUGCUGAAAGAGAGCGACGAUCAGAUUUCUUCAACCAACCAUGGGUUGAGGAUGCUGUUAUCCGUUAUCUGAAUCGUAAGACAGCUGCUGGAAGUGAUGCACCAGGAAGCACAUGAAUCAUGGUUCCGGAGCUAUCGAUGGCCCCCCUGCUACAUUUUUCAUUGAUUUGAAUCAUGUACCUACUGUAAACCCAUUCCUUUAAUGGAAUUAGAAUUGCAAUGUUGUUGGAUGGCAAUUGAGAGGGAUGUAGAACAGGAAGUAGCUUAUUUAGGCAUAAUUAUCAUCAAACUUAAUAAAAAAAAUAGAAAUUAGCAAGAUAGUAGUUUUUAUUUUGUUAAAUUUGUAAUUUAUAUAUGGUAGAUUCGUGGCUGCAUUCUUGGUUUGGCUUUAAUGUUUCUUCUUGGUUUAUAUCAUGGAAAUCAAGUGUUAUAAAUGUAGUUUGGUAAUUAGAAAUUCUCAAUUCUGUUAUAUUUGAUUGAUAAUUAUUAUAGCCAAGUAAGAUCAAUGUCUUUUACCAAAUUUACCCUU